AGCACACCUUCAGAUGGAGAUGAAGUAGCAACGGCAGCCGAUCGAUAGAAGGACAGCAGCGCCUCAACCGCGGAUCCGGAGGUUUUUUUUAUCCUAAAGGGGGUACAGGUGGCAGAGCAAAACACCGACCGCUUGAACGUCCAUCGGUGGAAAUUACCAUUACUGUUUCUACCGCUCCCUCCCCUCCUACCUCACCUCACCCCCCAACAUCCGCGCACCCUUCAGCUGCCACAAUAGAUUGUACUCAACUACAUGCAUUUCGAUCUGAUCAUAUAAGUUCCCGUCCACCAAGAUGGAAAACGCGCACACUAAGUCUUCGACUGAAGUUUUAGACAACUUCGGCGUGAACGAAAACACUGGACUGACUCUGGAACAGGUUAAAGUCAAUUUGGAGAAAUAUGGACCGAACGAGCUUCCAGCUGAAGAAGGGAAGUCCCUGUGGGAGCUGGUGGUGGAGCAAUUUGAAGACCUCCUGGUCAGGAUCCUGCUGCUUGCUGCCUGCGUCUCUUUUGUGUUGGCUCUGUUUGAGGAAGGAGAGGAGACGACCACUGCCUUUGUAGAACCUGUUGUUAUUCUUCUGAUCCUCAUUGCCAAUGCUGUUAUUGGGGUCUGGCAGGAGCGAAAUGCGGAAAACGCCAUCGAGGCUCUGAAAGAGUAUGAACCAGAGAUGGGGAAGGUGUACCGUAUGAACCGCAAGGCUGUCCAGAGGAUCAAAGCCAGAGACAUAGUCCCAGGGGACAUCGUGGAGGUGGCAGUUGGUGAUAAGGUGCCUGCUGACAUCAGAGUAACGUCCAUUAAGUCCACCACCCUGCGAGUGGACCAGUCCAUCCUUACAGGGGAGUCUGUCUCAGUCAUUAAACACACUGACCCAGUUCCUGAUCCCAGAGCUGUCAACCAGGACAAAAAGAACAUGCUAUUUUCUGGUACCAAUAUUGCUGCAGGCCGUGCUAUAGGUGUUGUAGUAGCUACAGGCGUCUCCACAGAGAUUGGAAAGAUCCGUAAUCAGAUGGCCUCUACAGAGCAGGAGAAGACGCCGCUACAGCAAAAGAUGGACGAGUUUGGCCACCAGCUUUCAAAGGUCAUCUCCCUUAUCUGUGUGGCUGUGUGGGUCAUCAACAUCGGCCACUUUGGAGACCCGGUCCACGGUGGCUCCUGGGUCAGAGGCGCAAUUUAUUACUUUAAAAUUGCUGUUGCCCUGGCUGUGGCUGCCAUCCCUGAGGGCCUACCUGCCGUCAUCACCACCUGCCUGGCUCUUGGUACGCGUCGUAUGGCCAAGAAGAAUGCUAUUGUGCGCAGCCUACCCUCAGUGGAGACCCUGGGCUGUACCUCUGUUAUCUGCUCUGACAAGACAGGAACCCUCACAACAAACCAGAUGUCUGUCUGCAAAAUGUUCAUAGCAGACAAAGUAGAGGAGUCGAGCUGCACUCUGCAUGAGUUCUCAAUAACAGGUUCUACAUAUGCCCCUGAGGGACAAAUACUAAAAGGAAACAGGACCAUCCAGUGUGGAGACUAUGAUGGGCUUGUGGAAUUGGCCACCGUGUGCUCUAUGUGCAACGACUCUUCACUGGACUACAAUGAGGCCAAAGGGGUUUAUGAGAAGGUCGGCGAAGCCACAGAAACGGCUCUCACCACACUGGUAGAAAAGAUGAACGUUUUCAAGACUGACAUGUCUGCGCUGACGAAGGUGGAACGUGCCGGUGCCUGCAACUCUGUGAUCAAGCAGCUGAUGAAGAAGGAGUUCACGCUGGAGUUCUCUCGUGACCGCAAGUCCAUGUCUGUCUUCUGCACUCCUGUUAAACUGGGCUCCCAGAGCAAGAUGUUUGUCAAGGGCGCCCCAGAAAGUGUGAUUGAGAGGUGUAAGUACCUACGGGUCGGAUCAGGAAAGGUGACACUGACGGCUGCCCUGCGUGACCAUCUGAUGUGUAAGAUCAGGGAGUGGGGGACAGGCAGAGACACGUUACGAUGCCUUGCUCUGGCCACUCAUGACAACCCGCCACGUAAAGAAGACAUGGACCUGGAGAACUCCAGCAAGUUUGUGGAUUAUGAGAUGGGGCUGACAUUUGUUGGCUGUGUGGGCAUGCUCGACCCACCCAGGAAGGAGGUGAUUGGUUCAGUUAAACUGUGCAAUGAGGCAGGUAUCCGGGUUAUCAUGAUCACAGGAGAUAACAAAGGCACAGCUGUGGCCAUCUGCAGACGAAUUGGUAUCUUUGGGGAAGAUGAGGACGUAACGGGAAAGGCCUACACAGGCCGAGAGUUCGAUGACCUCCUGCCGGAGGCACAAAGAGAGGCUGUCAAACGGGCAAGAUGCUUUGCCCGCGUCGAGCCAGCCCAUAAGUCCAAAAUCGUUGGAUAUCUUCAGUCUUUCGACGAGAUUACCGCCAUGACAGGCGAUGGGGUGAACGAUGCCCCAGCCCUGAAGAAAGCAGAGAUUGGCAUUGCCAUGGGUUCUGGUACAGCCGUGGCCAAGUCAGCAUCUGAGAUGGUGCUGUCUGAUGAUAACUUCUCCACCAUUGUCGCUGCUGUGGAGGAAGGCAGAGCCAUUUACAACAACAUGAAGCAGUUCAUCAGAUACCUUAUCUCCUCCAACGUGGGAGAGGUUGUUUGCAUCUUCCUGACUGCCAUCCUGGGUCUCCCUGAGGCUUUGAUUCCAGUCCAGCUGCUGUGGGUUAAUCUAGUGACUGACGGCCUGCCUGCCACUGCUUUGGGCUUUAACCCUCCAGACCUGGACAUCAUGGACAAACCACCCCGCAACCCUAAGGAGCCCCUUAUCUCUGGCUGGCUCUUCUUCAGAUACCUGGCCAUUGGAGGAUAUGUGGGACUUGGAACAGUGAGUGCAGCCACAUGGUGGUACCUGUUUGACGAAGAGGGUCCACAGGUGUCUUUCUAUCAGCUGAGACACUUCAUGCAGUGUACUGAGGACAACCCCGUGUUCAAAGGAAUAGACUGUGAGGUGUUUGAAUCCCGCUACCCCACAACCAUGGCGCUGUCAGUGCUGGUCACUAUUGAAAUGUUUAACGCUCUCAACAGUUUGUCUGAGAACCAGUCCCUGGUGAGGAUGCCUCCCUGGGUCAAUAUUUGGCUACUGGGAGCCAUCAUCCUGUCUCUCUCCCUCCACUUCUUAAUCCUCUACGUCGAGCCUCUGCCGCUGAUCUUCCAGGUGACCCCUUUGCACUGGUCCCAGUGGAUUGUGGUCCUCAAGAUUUCCAUUCCUGUCAUCCUCUUGGACGAGGCAUUGAAAUAUGUCUCUAGGAACCAUCUAGAAGCAUAAAUUCUUUUUAUCUCACCUUCUAUAAAAAGUUGAUGAGGAGCAGAAAUAUCGGAGGAGAUGGCAGCUGAACUAAGAUCCCUCCCUCAACGCGCUCGCAUAGUUAGACUCACACAGCUACCCUCUUCCCUUUAAGAGUUAGAAACCUUUCCUCCCCUCUGCCCUCGUUUCCCGCCCCUGCAUGUCCAACAAACCACCACUAGAAAUGAGCAGGGCUUGCAAGAAAGAGCAUUUGUGUUUCUGCAAGCAUGGCUUUGUACAAGUGUGAAAGUUGAUGAGCACCAAGUGUGUUUGAGAGAGGAAAAAACAAAAACAAAAACAAAAAAAAAAAACAGGGGGGGGGGGGUGCUGAACUGUAAUUGUUGCAUAAGCGAGAAACAACUGCAGAAAAAAAACACCCCAGGCUUUUUAGAGAUUUUUGCUCAUUUGUUUUUUUUGACUCAACAGUACCAACAUCGUGGUGCACAACUGGACUUUGGGGUGGAAAGGAGAGGGAGAAUGAAUGAUAAUAUUAGGUGGGUGGGUGGAGGUUGGCUGGGUUUUUAAUCCGCACAGAGACUGAUAGAGAGAGAUUGAGAGGUGAAACCUGCUGUGGAGGAGAAACUGAUGGACACACUUGCAUAAAAGAGAAUCAGCGAGAAGGUGUGAAGAACCCGACCUCGUGGCAGCGUGUGCAUAAGAGAGCCGUUGCAUCCCUGAUCUGAAGCUGCUGCCCAUCCACACUACUGGGAAUGAAUUCCAACCAGUUCUGCAGAGGCACGCUCUCAUCAGCAAAAUGCAAUUAUUUCCCCAGCCACUUUGUCAUAUCCCUUUGUAUUUCCUCUCAAAGAAAUUCUCCUAUUUCCUUUUGCCUGCCUUGCUCUCUCUCUCUUUUUCUCUCUCUUUCUUUCUCACGCUCUGUUUGAGGAGGCAGCUGUGGGCCCGGGGUUCAUGGCGCUUAUCAGGCUUGUGUACUUGGGGGAGUUGAAGGUGUGAAUAGCUUUACGCUGCUUGGCCGCUUCCCUCGGCUCUUUAACUCGAGGAGCUGAGGUAGGCUCACACACUGGACAACAUGAAAAAGACAAUGCAAUCCUUACCAUGGCCAAGAUCAAUGGGUAAGUUAAUAAUCACCAAUGCAAAGAAAAGUAGAUCUGAACAAAAGAUGUAUUUUUCUUAUCUAGAGAUAAUUCAUUCAGCUUUUACUCACCCUGAAGCAGCAGUAAAGUGUGUGAGCAUAUAGCUUUACUUGAAUAAAUAUGUCCACUUUGACUUGUCAGCCUUUAAAACACACAUUAUGUAUUUCAAAUAAUUAACCUUGUGAAUGUUUCAUUCUCACUUGGCAUAUGAAGCACAUAAAACAUCCAUGCCUUAAAAAAGCCCACUGCACCUCCACAUACAAGAUGUGGUCUAAAUGAAUGUGUCACUGCUAACCUUAAACCAGCUUUUGACCCACCACAGCCACUUCCACUGAUAUGUACUUUAAUAGGAUGAAAUGUUUCAUAGGAAACCCACCUUUUGCUUCCCGUGUGCUGCUUCCUCAGCUCCUCCCGCUCUCAGUGCUUUAGCGUUUCACUUGGGUAAUGUUUUAUAAUGACUAAAUAAUAAUGUAUUUGACUGAAUAAACCCCUGGGGUUUGGAUGUGUCUUUUAAGUCUAAUUUUUUGGGGGGGUUGUGUUGGGCCUUGGUGCUCUGUGGACUGGGUCAGCUGUGUUUCUGGUCUCUCAUUGCUUCCAUGUAUUGCCAGGUAGGAGAAUGCUCGUCGGGAAAAAGACCAUGCAAAGGUGCUGGAUCAAAAAUGGGCGCUUAUGAACUGUCAGCUGCUUCUUGAUAUCGAGAGCUUCAAGGCAAACAAAAAAAAAAUCCCAAAUGUCAGAUGGUUUAAUAUUCCUAGAUUUGACUGCUCCUUACUUUUCUUGACCUUACGUGAUAGUAAUUUGGAUAUUAUAGGUAAAUUCAUAGUGACAGUUUAUUCUUUAUUUUUCACAAAUUUCUAGUAUUUUAUAGGCCAAAGUUUAAAUGUUAUCAAUCAUUAGCUGUUUAAAUAUUGAUAUUAAUCAAACCCGAUUAAGGCAACUGUAAAAUGAUGAAAUUCCCUCUUGUGUAAAUGAAAUUACUUGGGAAGCACUGACAGUGUGCACUUCAUACUUCCUCGCUUUUUGCUUUCCAGACUGACCCGAAACAAGUAACUCAUGCUUCAGUAUUGGAAGGAAAAUCCAUCCUUAAACACAUUAGCAACCAAUUUACCGAACAUACAGAGGGCAGUUAUCUGCUUUGUUGCUUGGCAAUUCUUUUUUUGCCCCCAGGGAUAACCAGCCAAACUUGCAUGGCACAUUGGAGAUUCAGAUGAUUUCAGUUUCUCGUGAUCUCUGGGAUUAUUCUUGGUAGUGCACAAAUGGAAAACAACUUAAUACUUAAAGCAGACAUAGGUGAUGCAUAUUGAGGAAAAGUGUGCUAUGAAGUUCAUUUAGACAACACAACUAUUAGGACAAAUUUGACUCGAAGCUGGAUUCUGUCUUAUAAAUACUGGCCUGAUUAAAAACAAAUAAUAUGUUUGGUGCUUUUUUUUCCACUUCACAUUGUAAAUGUCCAGACCAGUAGACCACCUGUCCCUCUCCCAGGUCUCCACAGUUCUUUAACAUGCUGGCACUAUAGUUCUGUAUAGCCUUGUUAUUGACUACUGAAUCCUCAACUCUGUACAGACGAUGAGAAUAUGAUCGCAUGGAACCUUGUUACUGUAAUAAUCUAUACUGUCUCUAACAUUUAAUUUUUUUAAUAACUUCAUAUUCAACAGCAACAGACAGACUUGUGAACACAUCUUUUUUUUUAAUUAUUAUUAUUACUCCCAUGAACUCAUGAUGUCCAAGGACUUUUUUUCUUUUGUGUGUGGGGGUGUUUGUGUUGAAUACAAAGUUGUUCCUUCAUCAUUUCUGUUUGGUUUUCCAGUUGCAGGGGUUUUGUGUCUUUUACUAUAAGGAAGACAAUAUGAUGUUAUCACGUUUAAGAUAGACAACAGUACGGUUCACGUUAAUUUCUGCCAGUGAUGCAGCUCAUUUCAGCAAUUGCUGUCUGGUGUGAGAAAUGUCCCAGAAGUUGUGAAUGAACUAUGUGUGGUUUACACUGAGCGAUAAGCAGCAAUGCAUUAUGGGUUUUGAAGUUGUAUGACUGUACGUUGAAGGGCUUGGUGGAAAUGCAGGCUCUAGAGACCCAUGACAAUCGUUAAGGGUCUGAUGUUUGGGAUCAUGGUACUUAAAGCUCUCCAUAUACCCUUUUUUGUUUGUUUUGUUUUUUUUUUAUUUUUUGUUUUUUUUGUUUAGUUUUUUUAAAGACCAUCUUAACUAGCAGUGAAGGAGCUGUCAGGUUCAAUUAGAUUUGAGCAGUGGUUUCCUCUUUAACUGUCUCCAGAGCCUGAGUUCCUCCUCUGAGAAAUAAAAAUGGAUUCUCUGUGUUGCCUUGUUAAUAUUAAUUGUGGACACAUAAUUUUAUAAACAACAGAGACGUGGAAAUAAAGAUUAUUUAUCUUGUUA